GAAGUCGGUGCUUGUGCGAGUCGGAGAUGUUCCUGGGAGGAAGGAGAUGCUGAAACUAGGGGAAGCAGCUGAGUUUGGUGUGGCUCCGGCGACGCGCUCACAUCCCUGGCCAGUGGCUUCCUCUCUCUGAGCUGAGCGAAGGAGUGCGGGGUUCCCGCAGCUCCCACACCCGGGCUCCUGCUCCAAGCCUUCACUUUCUUUUCUCUGCUGGAAGGCUUCUUCUUGCUCCCAGGGUUCGGAUCUAACAUCGUUCGCCGAGCUGGGUGACGGGACUGAAUCCAGGGGCUGGAUUUGGUUUGAGGAAAUUUACAGAAUCGGGGGCAUCAUUAGGAACUAAUUGCAAAUCCCUGCUGGGAACUUUUUUUUUUUAAACCUCCCCUCUGUUAAAGAAUCAGUGUGAAUUGUUUUUUUUUUAUGUAUAUAUAUGUAAUAUACAUAUGUGUGAGCUAAUAAAAUUCUUUUCUCCUCUUCCAAAAAAGGAGCUUUUUUAACGACAUCUCCUUCAUGUCAGAGGCACUUUUUUGGGUUAUAAACUUUUGAUGCCAGACCUCUGCAGCGCGUGCCCAACUGAAUCUUAAAGUAGCAUCUUGAAGAGAGAGCAGAGAGAGAUCUGUGACCUUCAUCCCUGCACCUUCCUUCUUCUUCUCCCUUUCGGUCUGCCUCUUUCCUCACCCGAGGAACGUGGGGGGCACGCACACUUUGGAUGCUGUUGGGGGAAUUCGUGUCUCCGAUGGUGGAAAGCUGAAGCUGGAUUUUGGGGGAGGAUCAUUAGACUUGGAGGAGCCCGGGUUCUUUCUCUCUCCCGCCCCCAACCCUCCCCACUUUUUGCUCCUGGAUCGCUCAGUCCCCUUCCUCUCCCCCCGCCCGCUUCCUGUGCCCGGCUGGGGGGCGCCUGCGGUGCCGCUGCUCCAGUUCAGGGAAGUUGUGGCUGUCGAGGAUGGGGGUCGGUGGGUACUUGCUGCUGCCCUGGAGGUUCCUCGUGGUCCUGUCUCUCAGGCUGCUGUUCCUUCUGCCCACAGGAGUGCCAGUGCGCAGCGGAGAUGCCACCUUCCCCAAAGCUAUGGACAACGUGACGGUCAGGCAAGGGGAGAGCGCCACUCUCAGGUGUACUGUAGAUGCCCGGGUCACAAGGGUAGCCUGGCUAAACCGCAGCACGAUCCUGUAUGCUGGAAAUGACAAGUGGUCCAUAGACCCCCGUGUGGUUAUCGUGGCCAACACUAAAACCCAGUACAGCAUCAUGAUCCAAGAUGUGGAUGUGUAUGAUGAGGGCCCAUACACCUGCUCUGUGCAGACAGACAAUCAUCCGAAAACCUCUAGGGUUCACCUUAUAGUACAAGUUCCUCCCCAGAUUAUGAACAUCUCCUCAGACAUCACUGUGAAUGAGGGAAGUAGCGUGACCCUCCUGUGUCUUGCUAUUGGCAGACCGGAGCCCACCGUGACAUGGAGACACCUGUCAGUCAAGGAAGGUCAAGGCUUCGUGAGUGAGGAUGAGUAUCUGGAGAUCUCUGGUAUCACACGGGACCAGUCUGGGGAGUAUGAAUGCAGCGCCUUGAAUGAUGUUGCUGCUCCAGAUGUGCGGAAAGUAAAAAUCACCGUGAACUAUCCUCCCUAUAUCUCAAAUGCCAAGAACACCGGGGUGUCACUGGGUCAGAAGGGCAUUCUCAGAUGUGAAGCUUCUGCUGUCCCAUUGGCCGAAUUCCAGUGGUUCAAGGAGGAAACCAGGUUAGCCACUGGCCUGGAUGGAGUAAGAAUUGAGAAUAAAGGCCGCAUGUCCACACUGACUUUCUUCAAUGUUUCAGAAAAGGAUUAUGGGAACUACACUUGUGUGGCGACAAACAAGCUUGGGAAUACAAAUGCCAGCAUCACAUUGUAUGGGCCUGGAGCAGUCAUUGAUGGGGUAAGCUCUGCCUCCAGAGCACUGGCAUGCCUCUGGCUAUCGGGGACCCUCUUUGUCCACUUCUUCAUCAAGUUUUGAUGAGAAACCCUAGGGUCCUCUGAGCGACGCCUGGCUUCUCCAUACCACAGACUUUACUCUUCUACACUGCGGAGGGCAAACCAGUUUUGUUUUGUUUUUGUUUUUCAGCUUGAAUGAGUGGGGAUGGGGGGAGGGGGUGGGGAGGGUUCUGCAAUGUGUAGGAUAAUCAAUCAUGGGUGUGUUCAGAAAUUGAAUCUGUUUCUUCUCCCUUAGCCCUACCUUCUCUUCUGCCCCUCUCCCCAUUGUCUUCCCCAUAACUUCUGUUUUGGCAAAAAGUCUGUUUCAGUUGAACCCGUAAAUGCCCCAGAGAUACACCUCAGUUCAUGAAAUAGUGCACGACAAGAAUUACAUCAGAGAGUCCUAGCGUCUGUGUCUCUUGAGCUAACAAGUCACCUUUUUUGUUAUGCUGUACAAAUUACUCCAUGUUAUGUGUCUGAUGACAUUGGGUUUGUCUCUCCCAUCAGGGUGGAUUUUUAAUAUAUGUACACGUAUAUAUUAUUCUACCACCUCCUCUUGGCACUGUACCCGUCACCUCAAAUACCUGUAGCAAAUAGAGGUGUGGGGCCAAGGGGGUUGUGAAACCCACUCAAAGUGGAAGCACAUCUGAUAAAGGAGAGAGAAAAUCUCUGGAGUGUGGGAAACUGGAGCUGAGUGGAUGGGAAGAAAAAAGAUUGGGGGGCUGAGUUUCUUCUUUAAAAAUUCCUGGCUGGUCAAUUUAAAAAAAAAAAA